CCGGGAGCGGGAGCGGGAUCGGGAGCGGGGCGGCCGCAUGUGCGAAGUGGGGACGCGGCCGCCGCCGGCCGCCGAGCGCGGGGAGCCGCCCGGGGGUGCCGCCGCCCCGGCCGAGAGGUGCCGAGACAUGGGAGAACAGCCCAUCUUCACCACCAGAGCCCAUGUCUUCCAAAUUGACCCCAGCACGAAGAAGAACUGGGUCCCCGCAAGCAAGCAGGCUGUAACUGUUUCCUACUUCUAUGACAGCACGAGAAACAGCUAUCGGAUUAUCAGUGUGGAUGGAGCCAAGGUGAUCAUAAACAGUACAAUCACACCCAACAUGACCUUUACUAAAACAUCACAGAAGUUCGGCCAGUGGGCGGACAGCAGAGCUAAUACUGUGUUUGGUUUGGGCUUUCCCUCUGAGCAGCAGCUGACCAAGUUUGCAGAAAAAUUCCAAGAAGUGAAAGAGGCUGCCAAACUAGCAAGAGACAGAUCUCAAGAGAAAAUUGAGACCUCAAGCAAUCAUUCCCAGGAAUCUGGACGUGAAACACCAUCUUCCACCCGAGCAUCUAGUGUGAAUGGGACAGAUGAUGAAAAGGCAUCACAUGGCGGUCCUGCUGAGACACAUCUCAAGUCUGAGAAUGAUAAACUAAAAAUUGCUCUAGCCCAAAGUUCCUCCAAUGUAAAGAAGUGGGAGACGGAGCUGCAGACACUGAGGGAGAGCAACGCCAGGCUGACCACGGCGCUGCAAGAGUCGGCCGCCAGCAUAGAGCACUGGAAGAAGCAGUUCUCAGCCUGCAAGGAGGAGAACGACCAGCUCAGGAGCAAGAUUGAAGAACUGGAGGAGCAGUGCAAUGAAAUAAAUAAAGAGAAGGAGAGAAAUGCACAGCUAAGCAGACGUCUCCAGGAGCUGGAAACAGAGCUUCAAGACAAAGAGCUCGAACUGGAAGAGCUCCGAAAGCAGGGUGAAAUUAUACCACAGCUAAUGUCAGAAUGUGAAUCUGUAUCUCAACAAUUACAGGAUGCUGAGAAUAAGAACAAAGAUCUUGAAGAGAAAGUCAGAACACUAAGGACAGAAGUUGAAGAGAGCAAACAUAGGCAGACCAACCUUAAAACUGAAUUAAAGAAUUUUUUAGAUGUACUAGACGGGAAAAUAGAUGAAUUACACGAUUUCCGACAAGGACUGUCUAAACUUGGGGUUGACAACUAGAUGGCAAUAGAUUUUUGUAAUCUAGCGUCUGGAUGUUUGAUGUUUUGUUGAUCUCAAACGUGUGUUUUACAAAAUAUAACUAGAAUGUUCCACCUGUUUGCAUUAUUUUUGUACAUAGAGGCUGAAAAUUUGCUGUGGGUUAUUUUGGGUUUUUGUUUUUUGUUUGUUUGUUUGUUUGUUUUCCAAACCAAUCAUGCUGCUCACUGAAUUCUGUUGAGAUUAGAAACUUUCUAUAUUGCUGCUCCGGCUUUGUGGGGUUGGGAACAGGUAGAGGGUUCUGUCUCAGGAAUCUGGAACUAGAUCUACCUUAAAAUGAAUAUGCAGUUAGUUGUUGCAGGGAAAUUUAUAUCUUUCUUAAGGGCUGUUGCAACCAUAGAAACAGAAAACAAGUCUUUUUCUUGUCCGGACUAUCAGCGCUCCUAGCAACAUACACUUUUAUUCCUUGGUGGAGCAAAGAGAAGAUUAGAUGGAGCUCCUGCAGUUUGUAAAUCAACCUGGUAAAAUGCGCCUGUGAUGAGCUGCAGUCAAGUGAAUCACUUCACACGCAUGCCAGUAUCUUUAGGGACCAUGUCAAUCAGGCCUGAUUCGCAGAAAAAAUCCGGAGGAUUUCAUGUAACCUUCAGUUCAGGUAGCAUGUGCUUGCCUGGGUCCACGCAAAGUUAACAGUGUAGAAAUGAAUUCCAGCUCUUACUUCAAGCCAAGCAUCUUAACUGGUAGGAGAGAACAGCUUCCCUUUCUUAGCAAGAUCAUCUCUCUUUGGCCCUCAGUUUUGAACCUGUAUAGUUCAGCCACUAUGUGUAUCUGAAGAAUGCACACCUGUGUCUUGGGACCAGAUAUUUAUUUUGGAAGGAGUCGUACUGCUGCUUUGUAUGCAGGGCACAUGCACCUCUGUGCACAUUGAUCACUGCUGUUCAGCUUCCACAGUGGCAGAUCAGGAGACAUUGAUGUGACAAGCGUCAUAAAGUUAGUAGGAAGGGUGUUACUCAGAAACAGCUUCCUGCUCAGGAGACUUGCAGGUAAUGACUGCAUGAAACCCAAAGUCUUUCUUUCCUAUGAUUUCUGCAUUCCCCCCCUCAGGGGACAGGGGGUGGGUGUUAGUCACAAAGUUAGACUGUC